AUGUCACCUAAAUCCAUCUUCUUCAUCGGUGCUACUGGCUUCAUCGGCGCGCAGGCGCUCGACCGCAUCCUGAAGGCCGAUAAGACCGCGCGCGUCUCCGUCCUCGUUCGUGAUGCAUCUAAGGGCGCGGGUUUCACGCGCAUCGACAGCCGCAUCACCCCCGUCCACGGCAGCAUGGAGGAUCUCCCCCUCCUCGAGGACCAGGCGAGCAAGCAUGACAUGGUCGUGAACACAGCCAAUGCAGACGGCGAGGCAGAGACCGCUGCCAUCCUGCGCGGCAUGGCGCGCCGGACGCGUGAGAGCGGCGAGCGUGCCGUCCUCAUCCACACCAGCGGCACCGGCGUGCUUUCAGACACCGCAGACGGCGAGUACGCCGGCGACAAGAUCUACACCGACUACCUGGCGGACACGACCCAGGUUCCGCCGUGGCAUGCCCUCUCGACUCUCCCAGACACGCAGCUGCACCGCAGCGUGGAUCUGGCGAUCGAGCGCGCCGCCGAGGCCGGGCAUGUGCGCGCCUACAUCGUGGCGCCCAGCACCAUCUUCGGAAUCGCGGACAACGCGUUUGUCCGCGCCGGCCUCGCGAACCCUCAGUCCCAGCAGAUGCCUUACCUCAUCCGCGUGAGUGCGGCCCGCGGCCGCGCCACCACCGUCGGGCCAGGCAAGAAUAUCUGGAACAUCGUACACACGGACGACCAGGCUGACCUCUUCGGACUCGUGUACAAGCACUCGCUCACGGACGAGACCAACCCCACCGAGCCGCAGUACUUCAUCGGCGAGAAUGGAGAGUACGUCAUCCGCGACGCCGCAGAGGCGAUUGGACGCGAGCUCGAGACGCGCGGACUCGUCGGCAGCGCAGCGCCUGAGCCACUCAGCAAGGACGAGCUAGGGAAGUACUACAACGGCAGCACGUUCCUGGGGUCAAACUCGCGGGGCCGGGGCGUGCGCUCGCGCAAGAUUGGCUGGGAGCCGAAGUACGGCCUGAAUGACUUCUUCAAGAGUCUUAAGGCCGACGUGGAGAUGACGCUCGAGAGCCGGCGCGGGCGCGACGAGCAGGGCGAGUUCAAGUUCGGCGGGUGGGCUGUGGCCAAGGAUGGCGUGUGGACGCUGCCGGAGACGCACUUUUAGGAGGCAAAUGACACAAUGUAGCGAUAGUAUGUGACUGUUUCGGACCGCGG